AUGCGACUCCUCAACAUCCUGCUCGUCGCAACCUGCGCCAGCGCCCUCGUCAUCGAUCUCAACCCGUCAAAGCUAACACAAGAGCAGGAAAAGGCUCUCGCAGCUAUCACGGUGCAGGAGGACCCGAAGCCCAAACCUGAACCGACCAAAGAGGAGCCGAAACCAAAAGAGGAGCCGAAGAAGGACGAGCCCAAAAAGGACGAGCCUAAAAAGGACGAACCCAAAAAGGACGAGCCUAAAAAGGAAGAUCCCAAACCUGAACCACCUAAAAACGAACCUCCCAAACAGGAACCCCCAAAGAGCAACCUGAGCGGCGACCAGCAAAAGGCCCUGGACGCGCACAACGCCGCGCGCGCCGAGGUCAAGGACGGCCAGAAGCGGGACCCGAUGCAGUGGGACAAGGGCCUCGAGGACGCGGCCCGCAAGUGGGCAAAGCACCUGGCGGACCGAAACCAGGGGCUCGAGCACGCCCAAGACCGGGACGGCAAGGGAGAGAACCUCGCCGGGCGCAUCAUGGAAGGCGACGCCAUGGAAAAGGCCUCCAAGAUGUGGAUCGACGAGAAGAAGGACUACAAGUGUGGCGUCAAGAUACAGACGUACAUCGACAAUGGCAACUUUGGCAAGAUUGGCCAUUAUACACAGGUCAUAUGGCCAAAGACCACAAAGGUUGGCAUCGCUGUCGAGGGUGGUUUUGUUGUCGCGAGGUACAGCGAGGCUGGAAAUAUGAUGAGCGAGGCUGCAUGCAAGGCUUAAUCAAGGGCCAGUAGCUUGAUUCUUCUACAUAAGUUUUGUUUUCAGCGUUGACGCAGAUAAAUAUCGAGUGCCUGUGCCUGGAGUUUCUGGGUCGCAUUUGUCCUUCAAUUCACGACUGACUUCUUAUAUUACUAAUUUCUUUUUUUUCUUCUCACUUCUUUUCUUGAUAUUAGACGGCCGAUCGAUACUCAAUUCAUUGUAAAUAGACUUGGAUCUUUUUCCUUAGAAUUGUCAUUUUAACCCAAUGCAUCCUGAACAAAUUACACUUCGCAUGUUGACGCAUACUUCCACACUCGAACGGAGCUGACAAGCUACAAAACAGUAAGCAG